GGACGCCUCGGAGAGCUCAGCCAUUCUUCCGUCGUCACAUCUCGGAUCUGUUUUGGAUUUUCGGAGGCCCGACCAUGUCUGCGAGAGAGAAGGGGAUUCUGACCAAAGACAGUGUCAGCCUGCUGCCCUGUUUCUAUUUUGUAGAGCUGCCCAUCCUGGUGUCGUCUGUAGUCAGUCUGUACUUCCUGGAGUGGACAGAUGUGUUCAAGCCGGUGAAGUCUGGCUUCAACUGCCAUGACCGAAGCCUGAGCCUGCCCUACAUCGACCCAAACCAUGAGGUCAUCCCCCUACUGAUGCUGCUCAGCCUGGCCUUUGCGGGACCUGCUAUCACGAUAAUGAUUGGAGAGGCCAUCCUGUUCUGCUGUUUGUCUCGGAGGAAGAGUGGCAUCGGGGCCGAGGCUAACAUAAAUGCAGCUGGCUGCAACUUCAACUCCUUUAUACGCAGAGCUGUCCGCUUCGUUGGCGUUCAUGCAUUCGGCCUUUGUGCCACGGCGCUCAUCACCGACAUCCUACAACUGAUGACAGGGUACCCAACGCCCUACUUUCUCACUGUGUGUAAACCCAACUACACCACCCUCAACGUCAGCUGUGAGAAGAACCCCUUCGUCAUGGAGGAUAUCUGCUCAGGGGCUGACCCCGCAACCAUCAACCAGGGCAGAAAAUCCUUCCCAUCACAGCAUGCUACCCUUGCAUCCUUCGCCGCUGUCUAUGUUUCGAUGUAUUUCAACAGCACUCUGACAGACUCAUCCAAGCUGCUCAAGCCACUGCUGGUCUUCUCCUUCAUUAUCUGCGCCAUCAUUUGUGGUCUGACCCGGAUUAUUCAGUACAAGAACCAUGCCAUUGAUGUCUACCUGGGCUUCUUGCUUGGAGGUGCUAUUGCUGUGUACCUGGGGUUGUAUGCGGUUGGAAAUUUUCAGCCAAGUGAAGAGGCCAGUGCUAGCCCCCCUCCAAUGCUACAUCGCCCUCCCUGCUCCUUGCCCCACAUUAGCCAGGAGGCCGUACUCCACCACCUGCAAAUGAAAGCCAGCAUGGCUGGGGAGCCUGGCAUGCCCACAUCCCACUCUGAGGGCCUCCUCCACCGAAGUAUUCAACAGCAAAGGCCUGAUGACAGUAUGAAGCGCUCAAGCGCAGACGUUGAAGUGAUCUCCCCCCGCAGCCCUCAGAGCAAAGAUGCCAUGGUGACCUUUAGCCAUACCCUUCCUCGGGUCCACACCCCCCAGGCGAUGGCAGCGUAUGAGGAAGCAGCCAGACGUCACGCUGCCACUCUCCACCAUGCCUCCAUGGACUCCAGCCGCUCAAAGCAGCUUUUGUCUCAAUGGAAAAGUAAGAACAACCACAAAUGCUCCCUGCAGGUCCCAGACUCCUUUUCCUCCUCUGUAGACUCGUCAUCUGGUCAGUCCUCCCAGCAUCCGCACCACCAUGGCAGCAUGGAGCUCCGAUCCAGCUCUGAGCCCUCUGCUAUGGGCCUGAAUGGAGGCUUUGACAGUCAUGCAUACAUGUCCAAACUGGUCACAGGUGCUAGUACCACCCUGCCCAGUAACUGUAGUGGCAUCACAGGAGGGGCCAGGAUAGCUAUGCAGUCUAGACCUGGGUCUUCACAGCUGGUCCACAUACCAGAGGAAGCUCAUGAGAAUUACAACACUGCCUCCCCAAGAAUGGGGGUGGGAGGAGGAAAUGAGGGGAUGUCACCAAUAAAUAGCGCAGUUCAGGCUAACUGGCAAAAGGCUGCAGAGAAGACUACAGCCUGCAGGACUAACGAUAAUGGACAAAACACACAGCCACGAAUCAUGCAGGUGAUUGCUAUGUCCAAGCAGCAGGGCCUACUACAGACCCAUUCCAAGAGCUUAGAUGAGAGCAGCAUUGGCUGCAGCACCACUGGGGGUUGCCAGGGCUCUGCUCGCUAUAGGACUGACCAAGACCCCACUACAAUUGUCAGAAUAGAAGCCCACCCUGAAAACAACAGGCCUGUGAUUCAAGCCCCAGCCACAGAUGGGAGCGGAUCAUGGAGGUGGCGGUCCCCAGGAGGCGGGAGUUUGAGGCAGUCCUUCGAGCUCAACGAUCUAAACAGAGACUCAGAAAGCUCAGACUCGAUACGUGAAGGGUCCAUUGACAGGAAACGUGCCAAUCACAUCUCAGAGCAGAGGCUCCACCCCCAGGGCCUCUCUACCAUAAGGGUCACUCCGGGGGAUGGUAGUGGUUCUGGAUCUGGAGGAGGAGGUGGGGAGACCGCUUCAGAAACCCCAUCAGUCACCUCUAGUCGCGAGUCCACGCUGCGGAGAAAAGGCCAAAAUAUCAUCCUGAUUCCAGAGAGAGCUAACAGUCCUGAUAACGCCCGGAACAUUUUCUACAAGGGAACAUCGAUAACUUCUGUUUUCAAGGAGUAACGUAUUAAAUUACCAGAGACUUCAGAAGACGUAGUAGCUAAU